GACGCACCAGAGCCAGUUAAUGUGAUGGAUGAACCUGAGAGAUCUGAACAUGAUACAAAAAUUUCGAGAGAAUUUAAAGAAAGUACUAUAUUAUCUCAAACUAAUGUUGGGGCAAAGAUCAGUGAGAAUUGUGAAACAGAAGUCGAUGAAAAUGAAAAUAUGUCUACGUGUUCAAAAAAACGUACUGCUACCGAUUUGUACGUAGAUAACGAUGUUGAUACAGGAAAAGAAUCAACCGGUACACCUAGGAAACAUUUUAGAACGGUUGAUAAUAUACAGGAUGAUUCGUCUCAAACGCCUAAUACUGAUGAUUCUAUUGUUGAUUCCAAUGAGAUAUCCAUUACCGAAUGCUCAAAGUCAGGUAAGUCUAAGGAUAGUUUAGUUUCCACCGAAUCAAGUGUGCAUAUUCCUGAUGUUGAACAUUUUAAUGAAAACGUUGCAAUUAUACAAGAAUCAUCCAGGAGGGUUAAGGAUAUAGAAUCGGAAAAGGAAUGCGUGCAGAAUUCUGAUAAAAUUCAUUCUGCAAAUCAGAGUACAACUGCCCAAAGUUCUGGUGCAUUUGGAAGAGGUUAUAUACCAACUUCUAUUACAACUACCAGAAUAUUUGGCAGCUCGGUUUCUACUCCUUUACAGUCUAAUAACAAGACAGUUGGUUUUUCUAAUUAUUCUACUUCUCCACCGCCUUCAAAUAUAUUUGGAUCUAAAUAUACUGGAAGCUCACUAAUGGGAAAAUUUGGAUCAAAAUCGGAAAGUUCAUAUGGAUCUUUCACCACAUCAUCAAUCUUUGGUGAAUCUGUGCAAGAUAAUGAUAAUGAUGAUGACGGGAAAAAAAGCGAUGCGGAAGAUGUGCCUUUUGGAACCGGUGCAAGACCUUUAUUACAAGAACAAGAAGUAUUUACUGGAGAAGAAGAAGAAAUUACCCGACAUACCGUUAGAGCGAAACUAUUUUGUAUGGGCAAUGAACACCAGUGGAAAGAGCGAGGGGUCGGAAUGUUAAAACUUAAUUACCCAAAGGACUGUGAAAAAUCACCUCGACUAAUCAUGCGUGCAGAUGGUGUACUGCGAGUGAUUUUGAACAUUUCUUUAUUUCACGGAAUGAGUGUCGAACGAUCACAAGAAAAAUUUGUGAGAAUUGUCGCGUUUGAGGGAACUAGCACUACUCCAGUUCAUUUUGCUAUUAAGCUAUCAAACACGCAUGCUGCGGAUGAUUUAUAUGAUGCAAUACUGGAGGCGAUACCGACAUCAAAGUUAGUUUAG